CUGCUUCCUGUGAUGGUGGAACGCUCGUUGUUUAUGCGAGAAUAUUGUAUACUAGCUGGCCUUAAACGGCAACAUUGCUCAAGUCAUGAAUAUUCAAGAAUUGAAAUUGUCCUUCCCUUAUGAUUUUCUUGAACACUUAAUCAAGGCACGACAUGAUUCAAAAUCGCAAUAUUUCAUUUCACACAUCGGUGGAAAGGAAGAUUCCAUUAAUUUGAUUCGUACACCGGCACCGUUAUCAGUGACAGCCACAUCUAAGUUGGAGAACGUGAGCAUAUCGAUAAGUACCGAUAUAUUUCAGUGUAAGGAUGGCAUCUUACGCUGCGCAUUUAACACAUGGGAAGAAACAAAGGAGACAUUUAUAACAAAAACAAAUGCUGAACAAACACAAGAACAUCUUUCAGAUUCACCAGAAUCUGAACUUAAAAAAUGCACCGUUGUUCUUCACGAUAUACUUGACAACACAUCAAAGACUCGGUCAAAACAAGCUGACAGUGGAGACAUAACCCCUCAAAGUGAACAUGCCAGGAAGGAACUUUCUCAAUUCAUCAGAAACAAACCUGGGAGUGGGUUAAAAUCAAGAAAACGUGAGGCAGAUACAAGCAGCCCAGGGCCAGCAAUCAAGAAAGACAAAGUGUCGCCUGCGUUGAAAACCAGGCAAGUGAAUGUUGAACAGAAAGGUUUAACACCCAAAGUCAGAAAGUAUGCAACAAAAUCCAAACAUCUCCCCACAACAACCAAAGUUGACUUUAGUGUUCAUGAAUGUGAAAAGCAGGAUUUAAUGAAAAGCAUAAAUCUUCGUCCAAGAAUAAAUACAGUUGAUUGGUCAGCUUUGGUGAAGAGUGAUGAUUCUCAUGAUUCCAGUGAUGAUCUGGGAGAGUUUAGUCCAGAUACUUCUCCUGUCAAUACAAAUGUAGGCGAACUCUCUGCACAAAUAGACCCUGAUCAAGUGCCUGAGGGAAAAGAGCGGGUUAAAAUGCAAGUCCUUCCUAUCAUUAUCACUGUCGCCCCAUCAGGUAUUCUACUCAAGGAGUCUGCAUCACCUCUUCCUCACCCAGCAGCAGUGAAAACCUCACAUCCUCUCCCCACACAAACUGCUCUGCUUUCUCCAUCAACUGUGGUAAAGCUGCCGACUCGAAGCUCCUCACAGAAACCUUUUCCAUCACCAGCAGUUGGGAACCCACCUCUUCCUCCAUCAUCAGUAACACUGCAUUCUACAACACCAGCAAAGACCCUGCGAACUCAAUCAACACCAUCAACACCUCGUUCUCAAACAAUCCUCAAAAAAACUCUUCUUUCAACACCAUCAAAGCUGCUUCUUUCUCAACCAAUCCCAACAAAGGUACACACUUCAAAGCAAACACCACUUCUGGUAACCCCAGUGCAGAAACUUCUUCCUCAGCCUAACAAUGACUGUACACAACUCUCUCAUCCUAACCAAGACAAUGCUAGUCUUCCUUCACCUUCCCUGGAAGAAGCACCUCUUUGUCAAGGAAAGACAUACAAGCCAAUUCUCCCCAAAAUGGGAAUGCGCAUAGCCCAAGCCAUUACACCAGUAGACACGAGGGUCAAAACAAACGUGCCGAAACCUCACGUCUCAAUGUCUAAGGUAUUCCCAGUACAAGUAGUUCCAGGUCGAUUUCAACUGACUGAAGGUCAAGACGGACAGUUAACUCUCUCAGCCCACAGUGAAACAAACUCUGAUGUUUUUGAAGGCAUAGAAGACAUAAAUGUGUCAUUUUAUACCAAUAUUUCCAAAGGCAUUGAAAGAUGCCCACUUGAUUAUCCUACAGAGUUCAAACCUGUCAUGAUACAAGAUGACAUCUCCCUUCCCAUUGUCAUCAAUAUUAGAAAAGAACAAGUUCAAAAGAAAAAGGAAUUUCUAGGAAGAAAACUGGUAACACAACAGGAAAAAAUUGUUAUGGAACUGGCGUCAGAUCUCCAAGGAACAUCUGAAGCUGAAUAUUCAGCUAAUGAUAAUGUAUCUGAUCUCAACAUUGAAACAGACAGUUCCACAGGAGCUCCAGCCAGUGCUGAACAUGGUUUUCUAAAGGAGAAAAUGGCAUCAGACACAUUGAAAACAUUCAUCCUCCUCCUCCCAAGCGACAUUUCAUCUGAAGACUCAGAGGCAGAUUAUACGGAUGAAACGGAAUUACUAAGGCCUCCCAGAUUGUCAGUGGUGUACUCACAGAUCUCUAGUGUGGUAGACUUGAACUGCAAACAGUACACCAAGUUAGGUGUCGGUAAUUAUAUUCCUGGGAUAGAGUUUCUUAUCAACUCCUCUGUGUUACUGAAGACUCUUGAAGACCGGUACUACGUUCAGGGUGAGGUUGAAGAUGUUGAGGGAACUGUAUUACUUGGACCAUUUGCGCUCAUCUUUCAUCCAUUACCAUGCCUAAACUUUGUCAAGGUGGUCGAGCCUGCAACAAGAGUACCUCGAUGCAUCUAUGAGAGACGGAGAAAGAGAUGGCUCAAGAAACAUGACAGGAAGCGCUUUACACGCCCAAGAGGAGGGGCCCCAGCUGACAAGAACUUGGUUGUCAUGGAUCAUGACUACUUCACUGACCAAUCCGACUCUGAGAAACAGAAGAUGGAAACAAAGAAAGAUUCUGGAAAGGAGAAGGAUGGUCAAAGGGAGACAACUCCACAACCAGGAUCAGUUCAAGACAUCCCUCUAAAGGACGAGGACGUGUUUGUGGUAUCUGUGCGAGGCGUAGACCCAGUUGUGGUCGAGGAAGAUGAAGACUCCGUUGCUGUAGAGGAAGAGGAGGAUGAAGACCUGUACACAUACAAUAAAGACACUGAGCUGCAGAUCCCAGUUGUCGGAAGCUUAGGGGAUGCCUUGGGAAAUACAGAGAAAGAGAGAGUGGUACCCCGGGUUUCAGACAGCAUCCACGAGGCAGUUUCCUUUGAUGAAGUGCCCGCUGUUGUUGCCGAGUCUACGCUGGCAUCUGUUGGUGUGCAAAUAAACUACCGCCUGCUUGGGAAACAGAGUAUUGACUGGUCUCGACUGAAGCGGACUCCUGUUGUUGAGAAUGAUGACUCACAUCACAUGCCCAUGAGAUUCACCUGCAGAUACUGCCUCAAAUCUGUAGUGGACAAUUUCCGACUUGCUGAGCACAUCCGUGCCUGUCAUCAUGAUAAGCGGGGAUUUAUAGACUAUGCCCGUCAAGUCAGGUUCAAGGAAGGCUUUCGUUGCCAAUAUUGUGACAAGGCGCCCAUGUUCCACAGUCACGAUAGCAUUCGCAACCACCUCCGUGUCCACCAUCCUGAUAAGGUCUCUAUUCCAGAACCAUUUAUUUCAAGAAGGACUUGUCAAACAUGCAAAAAGGUGUUCAGCACAAGAUCAGUUUUGCUGACACACAUAAGACGCAUGCACGAACAUAAACGUCUUCUUUGUGACAAGUGUCCAGGAAUCUUUAAGAGUGAGCAAGGUCUCCGAGAUCACAUGAAUGGCAUGCAUGACAACAUAAGAAACUAUAUUUGCCACAUAUGUGGAAGUGCCUAUGUGAUUAAUGAUUACUUAAGAAGACACAUCAAACGUGUUCAUAAUAAAUCGAAGAAAUCUGACGAAACCAAUGACAUGGCCAAACCCGAAAAGAGAAAACGAAAACAUGGAGGGGAGGUGAAGAAAUGCUCCCAGUGCAGAUACAGCUUUGAUUCCAUCAACAUGAAGAAACAUCUCAAACAGAUUCAUGGAGUGACCAAGAUAAUUGAUAAGAAAUGUCCAGACUGUUCACAAACGUUUGCUAGUCGGUCCUUGCUUGAAUGUCAUCGAUGCACAACUCAUGACUACGCAUACCAGCUAAGCUGUCCCUUCUGUGGAAUUGCCUAUGUACACUAUAAGGCUAUGCAAGAUCAUGUAUUGACCAUUCAUUUAGGCAUAAAGCUCCAUCAGUGUGCCAUGUGUGAUAAGAUCUUUCCCAGGCCCAGUCCACUGAUAGAUCACAUGUUGACUGAGCAUAAAGGAAAAAGCAUGCUGGAGGAGAACCGUAGGCUAAAGUGUCAACACUGCUCGGACAUUUUUGGGACUCACAAGGCUCUGGUGGAGCAUGUUUUAUCACCGAGUCAUCGUGAGCUGUUCCCUCACAGGUGUCCUACAUGUGCCAAGAGGUUCAUGCAUGAGAAUGUAUUGAACCAUCACAUCAAGAUCUUACACUGCAAUGAUGUGGAGUUUGAGAUCCGAUGUAACUCGGACAAAGACAUGCUUGUUCAGAUGGUGGUUAAGCAAGACGUUCAGAACCUCGAGGAUCUUCCACCCAAGGCUCAGCAAGCUUUGAAGAGGCUGCAGAGUGAGGGGAAGCAUGUGAUGAUUGUGUCCAAGAGAGAUGACAAGAAGGAUCAAGGCAGCUUGGAACAGACUCAAAACAAACCCAAGACAGUAUCAGAUCUAAAGACAGAUAUCAACUCUAAUGGAAAAAAAUCUAUGCAAAGGUUUACUCAUAAUGCUUCACCAAAGGUCCAGGCAGUGACUCGGAAUGCAGGAUCUCCAUCUAAGGUUAAUCAUACUGGAUUGGUUAAAAAAUCAGACAUUGAGUCUCUGAAGAUCUACAAAAUUGCAGCCAAGUCUGGAGAAACAUCAAAUGCUGUGUCUAUUAUUCACCACCAACAGUUGGUGGAGGGGACUAAUGUGGUGGCAGAGGAGAUUGGAAGGCUUGAUGAAGGUGGGAACGUUGUUGAGGACAGGGGGGACAUUUAUGCAAUGACAAAUAAGACAGGAAGGCAAGGUGAGAAUGAGAGUGGACUUGGGAAGUAUGUGCUAGAAGAGGACACUGGGAAAGAAGAAGAGAGGGUUCUGGGGAAAUGUGUCGUAGAAGAACAGAUUACAAUGCAAGAACAGAGUGUUCUGGAGAAGUAUGAGUUAACACAGGACACUGGGAGGCUGGAGGAGAGAGUGACGCCGGAGAUAUAUGUGAUACAGGAGGAGGAUGGAAGGCUGAAUGUGAAUGAGAGAGUUCCUGAGGUAAGGUUUGUGGUAACAGAGGACAUUGGAUGUGCAGCCGAAGGUGGAAACAUUGAAGUUGAAAGUACACCAGAGACUACUACAGUUCUGGAGGAGAAGUUUGUGGUCGGUAAGGACAAUGGCCAGCCGCUUGAAGGUGGCAACAUUGUGGUGGAAAGGAUAGAGAACUACAUGGUGCCCGAUAACAUGGGAAGGUUAGGUGUGUGUGGUGGAAAUCUGGAGAACAGUGCUGAGCAGGAUUAUAUGGUGGCAGAACAGAUUGGAAGGCUGGAUGAGGAUGGUAAUGUUGUUGAGGACAGGGUGGUAUUUGAGGAGGAAGAACAUGUCUCUGAUCUUCUUUACUUUUUACAGAACCAGUCAUAACAACAGACCACCUCCAUUGUCCGCCCGGAGAGAGGAAGGUCCGGGGUUCGAUCCCGGCCGCGUCAUACCUAAAGACGUUAAAAGAUGGUACUUGUUGUUACCCUGUCUUGUGCGCAGCAUUAGGGGGCUAAAACAAGGACUG